GGCAUCGACUCGACAGACUCCGGACCAUGGAGAAGGCACGGGAGCAGUGGGAGAACCCGCUGCAGUUCUUGUUAGCCUGCAUCUCCUACUCUGUGGGCCUGGGCAACGUGUGGCGCUUCCCCUACCUGUGCCAGAUGUACGGCGGCGGUAGCUUCCUGGUCCCUUACCUCAUCAUGCUUGUUGUGGAGGGAAUGCCACUCUUGUACCUGGAGCUGGCAGUGGGGCAGCGCAUGCGGCAGGGCAGCAUCGGCACCUGGAGAACCAUCAGCCCCUACCUCGGAGGUGUUGGUGUGGCCAGCAUGGUGGUGGCCUUCCUCACAGCCACAUACUACAAUACCAUCAAUGCCUGGAGCUUUUGGUACCUCUUCAACUCCUUCCAGGAACCCCUGCCGUGGUCUGUCUGUCCCCUGAAUGAAAACCUCACUGGCUAUCAGGAGGAGUGUGAGAAAGCUUCAUCCACACAAUACUUCUGGUACCGGAAGACCCUCAACAUCUCACCAUCCAUACAGGACAGCGGGGCUGUGCAGUGGGAGCCGGCGCUGUGCCUCAUCCUGGCCUGGAUGAUGGUGUUCCUGUGUACCCUACGGGGCACCGAAACUGUGGGCAAGGUGGCCUAUUUCACUGCACUGCUGCCCUACUGUGUGCUCAUCAUCUACCUGGUCAGAGGCCUCACCCUCCAUGGAGCCACCAAUGGCCUGAUGUACAUGUUCACUCCCAAGGUCGAGCAGCUGGCCAACCCCAAGACCUGGAUCAAUGCAGCCACACAGAUCUUCUUCUCUCUUGGCCUGGGCUUUGGCAGCCUGAUCGCUUUUGCCAGCUACAACGAGCCUUCCAACAACUGCCAGAAGCACACCAUCAUCGUGUCCCUCGUUAACAGUGCCAGCUCCAUAUUCGCCAGCGUGGUAACCUUCUCCAUCUAUGGCUUCAAGGCCACCUUCAACUAUGAAAACUGCUUGAAUAAGGUGAUUCUGCUGCUGAUCAAUUCUUUUGACCUUGAAGAUGGCACUGUGACAGCCAGCAACCUGGAACAGGUAAAAGACUACCUGGCUUCCACCUACCCGAGCAAGUAUAGCGAGGUCCUCCCACAUAUGCAAAACUGCAGCUUGGAAUCGGAGCUGGACACGGCUGUCCAGGGCACAGGCCUGGCCUUCAUCAUCUAUACCGAGGCCAUAAAGAACAUGGAGGUGUCACAGCUGUGGUCGGUGCUCUACUUCUUCAUGCUUUUGACGCUGGGUGUGGGGAGCAUGCUGGGCAACACAGCAGCCAUCCUCACCCCUCUGACUGACAGCAAGGUCAUUUCCAGCUACCUGCCCAAGGAGGUCAUCUCAGGUCUGCUGUGCUUCGUCAACUGUGCCAUCAGCCUGCUAUUCACCAUAGAAGCUGGGAGCUACUGGUUCGACAUCUUCAAUGACUAUGUGGCCACACUGUCCCUGCUGCUCAUCGUACUGGUAGAGACAGUCGCCGUGUGUUACGUGUACGGGCUGAGGAGAUUUGGAGCCGAACUCGAAGCCAUGACUGGCUGUGCCCUCAACUGGUACUGGAAGGCCUUGUGGGCGUUCGUGAGCCCACUGCUCAUCGUGGGCCUCUUCUUCUUCUACCUGACUGACUACAUCCUCUCAGGGACCCUGCAGUACCAAGCCUGGGACGCCACCCAGGGCCGGCUGGUGACCAAGGACUACCCCACCUACGUCCUGGCAGUCAUCGGCCUGCUCGUGGCCUCCUCCAUCAUAUGCAUCCCGCUGACGGCCCUGGGGACUUUCGUCAUGCGGCGCCUGCGGAGGGGCGGCUCGGCCUCUGUGGCCUGAGACCUGAGCCGCGGAGACUGCGCCCCACCGGAAGUGACGAGCACCCAAACCGGAAGUCCUCCUUCCGCCCCAGAAGGUGCGAGGGCAGCGCGCUUCGAGAGGACUCUGGCCAGCCCCAGGAGACAGCCCCUCCCCUUGCUAGCAGCCCAGGUCGAGCCUUGCAGCCUCCCCAAAUCGGCUUCCUCAGGGCGCACCUGAGGAAGGUGGCUUCCAGACUCUACAGAGUCCUCUGACCGAGGCGCCGAUGACACGGUACUUCUGAGAUCAAAUUUAGGCAGUUUAGGGUUGAGGCUGAAGAAGCACCAAAAUAGUAGAUAAUAAUCAGUUUUAGUUCAGUUGAAGGAAUUUUGAAGUGCCUGAGGUGACAGAUUUGAACACUUAGUUUGAAUUCUUUUUUUAGGCAUAAUGAAUUUACACAAUUUCAGGGUUCCCUUGCACGUUUCACGUUCACACGACUGACCUGGCCAUGAGUGAGACCUUUGUUGGGGACUCACACACCUCACCUUUGUCUGACCUAGGGUCUCUGGAGUGCUCAGGACCACCCGUUUACAGAUUUACCCCAGGACUGCUCCCAAGCCCCACCUGAGGAGUCUGCAGAGUCACCCAUCUGUGACCUCUCAGCACCCUGCAGAGGUUGUCAGACCCCACCAUGAGGGCGAGAGUGUUCAGCUUCCCAGGGACUUAGUGUUGUAUUUGGACAUCAUUGCUAACUCUAGACCACCCCAGCGUCAUAAUCAGCCUACAUUAUUUAUCUGUACAUAAGAAAAAAUUCUAAUGUAUAUAAUUAAAACAGAGCAUCUUAUAACUGAAAACACCUUAUUUAUGAUUCUGCCAUGUGAAUUUGUCUUCC